AUGAGGCGAAUACAACUAGUUUUUCGCGAUUCAGUUGAUAAGCUCCACCAUGCGUGUUCUGCUUCGUUGCGCAGGUAUACAUUGCCCGCUCUGGCUGUGCCCUACCUCACGUUCGCGUUGCACAUCCAACAGCGGUCGGCGACGUCGUUCGCUUCCUCACCUUUUCUCCACCAGCAGCAUCGAGAAGAGCACCACCCCGUAGACUCGUCGAACGCGCACGGAUUUCAUGGUGAGGGGUCGAUUGCCACGUCUCUACCAGCCUCGGCGGCAGCCUCCUCGUCCGUGGCAAUUUUGUACACCCCUGGAUCUGGCAUCACUGGGAGCGGUGCGGCUGGGGCGCUUAUCGCACCUACCACAAGCAUCACAAAUCACUGCAAUAUUCUCGCGGAGUCCGUCUCUAAGGCGGAUGAGCUUAUGCAGCAAAAAAAGGCUCAGGAAGCGCUCCAGGCCGGUGCCGGUAUCCUCACCUCAGAGGCAAUUGAUGAAAUGUUAGAGGAGCUCCGGGAGGUUACCACCAGUGAGGUUGAAAUUCUCCUGCAGGAGGUGCGGACGACGCCGGUUGUGCAGCAGGCGGGCAUGCAUGAGCUACGGCGUACACUUUUCUACGCCACUACGCUAAAAGAGCGAGAGUGGAUUGAUUUUCAAUCCUACACCACCAUAAUGCGAAUGCUCACGGUGGAAUUCCUUCGACGCGAUAACAACGGAGUGCUAGCUCCCGAUGAUGUACUCUACAUCUCCACCCACAUGGUCACAGCAAACUUCUAUAACCGGCAUCUGUGGAAUCGGCUGGAGAGGGUGCUGACGAUUUUUUCAAACUAUGAGCAUAUUGAACUUACCACGAUCAAAGCCCUCACUACGAAGCUCUUCAAGACGCGACGUGGCUGCUCAAAGGAAACGCUAGAUAUGCGGCGUAAAGUACUUGCCGCGAUGACGCGGCGGAUUGGGUUACUCGCCAACGAUUUCGAUCUGCCAUCAUUGCUUGGUAUUCUACAAUGCUUCUCCGUUCACGAUAUGGCGCCGAUUCCGAUCGAAGCCCUUGCGGUUCGUGCAACCAAUCAUCUAAAUGAUUUCACCCCGCAGGAGUGCGCUACGCUCGUGCACGUGCUACGAAAGUUCCGGUUGCUUCGGUUAGAAACGUGCGAGAGGCUUGUGGAGAAGAUCUGUUCCUCAGAUAAACUCACCCAUCACAUGGCGAAUAGCGCGCUGAUGGCAAUCCGAAUAUGCUAUAAUAGAAUUAGCGAUAGUGGACGAAACGCCCUGCAUGCGGAGCCGACGCGCCAGAAACUGCGUGCGAUGGGAGAACAGGUGGUUUGCCGCCUGGAGGAGGUUGAGUUCCCUGCCCUCGUGGUGAUCCUGAAUGUGCUGGAUAUCAUCGUGAAUCUUCGAAUUUACAUUCCGAAGAAGCCGCUACAGAGUGCUUUUACCCAAGCCGAAGCAAUGCUGCAUGUGGUUUUAGAGCAGCAGGAUGAUCUUAUAGAUCCAAAGACCGGCAAACGCGUGCGCCCGAUCACGGCGGAGGAGGGGAGGCAGCUGCAGGCGCUUUUGCUUCACUACGGAUCCGAUUUAUCACCAAAACUCUCAAGUAGGCUGAAGACCGCUUUCCAGGAAGGCCUCUUACCAGAUGAAGCAUCGCUCUAA